CUCGCUGUGCCCAUUGCGCAGGCGCAUUUGGUGUCGGUGGGUUUGAAUGUGAUGGCGGGUAAAGUCGCGGCGCGGGAAGGGAUCACUCUGCGGGGCAGCGCGGAGAUCGUGUCGCAGUUCUUCUCUUAUGGCAUCAACAGCAUCUUGUACCAACGUGGAAUCUACCCACCAGAAUCUUUCACGCGAGUACAGAAGUAUGGGCUUACAAUGCUUGUUACAACAGACCCUGUCCUUAACAAUUAUCUGAAGAAUGUAGUUGGUCAGCUAAAAGAUUGGUUAUGUAAUCACUUUGUUCAAAGACUUGUGGUGGUUAUCAACAGCAUAGAAACCAAUGAGGUACUAGAAAGAUGGCAGUUUGACAUCGAGUGUGACAAAACCAUGACUGAAAACAGUCAAGCAAGAGAGAAAUCAGAAAAAGCUAUUCAAGAUGAAAUCCGGUCUGUCAUCAGACAAAUCACUGCUACAGUGACCUUCUUGCCUUUGCUUGAUACUGCAUGUUCUUUUGAUCUACUGAUAUAUACAGAUAAAGAUCUGGAGGUACCAGAAAAAUGGGAAGAAUCCGGACCACAAUUCAUAAACAAUUCUGAAGAGGUUCGUCUGCGAUCUUUCACCACCACCAUACACAAAGUGAAUAGUAUGGUUGCAUACAAAAAAAAUUGAUUCCUUUUUAUAAAGCACAAUGUACAGAAUUGCUUUGUAUAGUAAACUAUGUAUUUGUACAAAUGUUCCUUUGCUUAAUGGUUUCACUUCUAGUUUGUGUAUACUUGAGAUUGAGUCAACUGUCUACAUUAUAUUUGUCUAAUCUUUUAGUUUUCCAUUUUCAAACUACAGUUUCUCCAUGGUUAAAGAAUUUUCUUUGAAACUUUUAUUUCCCUGAUUGUUAAAACAUCUAUGAAUUACACAAUGUGUUAGUAACAUACUUUGCAUUAGGAAUCAGUUUUAAUAAGACGAUUUGUAGUCUUGAAUUUAUUUUAGUUUUUGGAAACUGAAAAUGGUCUGCUGAUGAUAAUCAUACUGAAGGAGGGGGCCGAGGUGCAACAACUUGGGUUUUUACAACUUUUUUUUAAUUCACUCAAGUGCAGUUCAUUAAUCUCUUUCCCUCACCCCCACCCCGCCCCCCCCCCCCCCAAAACAAAAACCCUCUAAAAUUGAUGUGUUAUAUCGUGGUAAUUUUUCAGAAAGCAAAUACAAGAUAUCUUUAAUUGGGCUGAGGUCAGUUUAAAUCAGAAUCAUUCAGGAAUUGUUUCUUGAAGGUGGUGUGGUUAAUCCAAAUAUUAGAAAUCAGAUUUGACUCAUGCACAUUUCAACUCUUAAUAUUGAAAAGUUCAGUGCACCAUCAACAGACCUGAUGACAGCAUCAGUUCCUCUCUAAAGGAAUAGAUAAUCAUCCUAGCAGCCCAAAAUCUUGUGUUCUUGCAGCCAUAUAAAAGUAGUUUGGCAGUAGCUGGAGUACUGGUAUAUUUACUGUCUUUCCUAAUAUGGAUUUGGGAAAAACAGUUGAAUUUCGUUCAGUUUUUACAUAUUUGAAUAUUUGUGAUUGUUUUUACAUAUAAUAUAUUAAAAUAAAAUCACUGGUUAAAUACCAGGUAGGUACUUUCUAAUGG